CUCUGGUAUGCACAUCCGAACCCAAUUCCCAGGGUUUUUUCUGGUCUUCUGCCGCCACUGAGAUCUGACAUUCCGGUCGCUUUGGAGAGCGACAGGUGUCCGAACCUUCCUGGAACGCUGAAUCAAGUCUUGCCUGUUGUCGCACCGAAAACUACCUUCCCGAUCCCACGCAAGAACGCAGGAGCGGCUGACAAGACAAACAUGAACGUGAUCGUGCCGGUCUUGUUCGCCGGCCUGCACAUACUGGCUGCUGCACAGGAAAUUCAGGAGCAGAUCUUCAGCAAUAGAACAUUUCAGCUGCCAGAGAUACAGCGCUAUGAUGGCCGGAACAACAACCUGGCCCGUCCGGAAUUGGGUGGUACUGACAGACCUCUCAUUCGCCGCUUGUCUCCCACAUACGCUGAUGGUAUGUCGGAACCAUCCGGCGCAGCACGUCCCAACCCGCUUGAUAUUGCUGAGAGUACUAUGAGAGGAUCUUUUGGUAGAACAUCGUUGAGAAACCGAACGGCACUUCUGACAUUCUUUGGUCAGCACGUGGUGGAGGAAAUCCUGGACUCACAGAGACCCGGCUGCCCGGCGGAGUACUACAACGUCCCAAUACCGCGCGGCCAUAGGCUGUACGAUCCUGAAGGAGUGGGUGGCAAGUACAUGCCUUUCCUUCGCUCACGCUAUGAUGCAAACACUGGGCAGUCUCAGAACAACCCACGUCAGCAACUGAAUGAGAACACACCUUGGCUCGAUGGUGGUCUCGUGUACGGCACAACUAAGGCGUGGGCGGAUGCACUCCGCUCUCACACUCGUGGUCUACUGAGUUGUCAGGGCACUGAACAGACAUAUGAUUGUGAUCUUCCGGCCAGAAAUAUCAUGGGCUUGCCAUUCAUCAACCCACCACCUCCUUCGGAUAACCAGUUCAAGCAUGCAGUGCGAUUUUUCAGUGAGUGGGCUGAGUUAUUUUUACUUACUUCUCACGUACCGCGAAGCUUGCAUAUACAUGUAUACCGGUAAUGGCACCCCAAUAGGCAAAUACACACAGGACCUGGGUCCUACUUGAAGUAUAUCCAAUAUGGCCCAGAAUCUGCGAAAACCAGGCUUAGGGUGAAAUUUCACAAAAUGACUUUUUCCCAUUUUCAGCUUCUACUGGGCAUGGGGGGGGGGGGGGGGGG